AAGGUGCAGAAGCUGGUAGAAGGGUUCCAGGGGGGACCAGGAAUCGAGGGAUAUAAAAAAGCAAAGAGAAGCGUGAAAGCAAUACACACCAGACGAUACAAAGCUUCUUGCUGUACCUCCCAUAGGUCUAUGGUAAAAUUAUUCGGCACUCCAGCAGGAACAACUUCGGGCAUAAAAAGCGAUAUCGGUGUGUUUGGUGCUGUUCCGAAGGAAAUUGCAAGAUUUGGUGUCGUGUUUGCCAAUGUUAUCAUGGGUGGCGUAUUUGGUGGCGG